UCCGGAAUCGCGCCACGGAGCUGCAGGGCUCCGCCAGGCGCUGGCGGCUCCUUGGCGCUUCCUGCCACGCCGGGCCUGCUUGCACAGCGCCAGCUCCGCUUCUGCGAGGGCCCAGAGUCAGGCGCUGCAGGCCGGGUGAGCGUGCAGACCCCGAGAGGGACGUGCAACUCGAGUGAUCGUGAGAGAUGUGCGCGAUCAAGGAUGUGCGGCCCAAAAGAGCAUGCGGGGCGGCGGGAGGAUGUGCUUGGGGAGGAGAGGGCGUCUCUCAGAGAGGAGAGCUGCUCCGCCUUGGGGCAAGCCAAGGGCCGAAGGGGACAGGUCUCUGGUGGUGCGUGAGCAUGGAAAGGCCCUGAGGCCUUCUCGUGCAAGGUUGGGGGCAGCGGUCAAAGGCGGGAAUUGCGGCUGUGUUGAGGUCUGUGCUGCUCUUUGGAGGAUGCUAAGAAUUGGGAACCGGUCAGGAGCUGGGGGUGGGCUCUCCCCACAACCUCCAUCGACGUGGAGGCCGCAGGGAUUGGCGCAGUGAGGGAAUGGCUGAAGAGACUUUUUCCCAGAAUGGGGGAGGGGGUUGCACCUCUGGGGCCCAGAAGAAGGUUCUGGCUUGGGGAUACCUACCUUUUCAUUUGAGUGGGGGUUGUGUGAGAAUAAUGGGAGCAGGCCUGUUGCCUGCUGCAGAGAGCUGAGGGUGCAGAAGGGACUGCUUGCUGGAUGAAGAGAGCUUCUACUGUGGCCUUCCUGGGAGUCACAUUUUCUGGCUCCACUCCAUUGCCCCCUUCUCCUAAACUCCUUUGCUGGUUCCCGCAGUCUGUAUUUGGUGAUUAAUUACAUGUCAUUUUACACACGCGAGUACUCCUACUUGCCUGCUGCCCAAAGCCCAUAGUCCUUUUCAGCGCCCCCCUCAUUCCUGGCCCUCUUCCCAGAGGGCUCACCCUGUACCAGCUGACUCUCUAGCCAGCCUUGGACUCAGAGGCAGGCAGCCCCUCCCGUCUCCUUGGUCAGUAGAACAUUUCCUUCUAAACCUCAGCCUUUACAUUUUCCUUUAGGAGACAAUUUCGUAUAGGACCAGUUGAAUAGCACCUCUCCUAGGUAGGACCACUUGCCUUCUCCCUUCUCCCUUCUCCCAUUGGGCCUUGUUAUAGAAACAACAUUCACAGUGUCUGACAUCGUCUGGGACAUGGCCCCAAAGUGGUCCUGGACCUGGAUUUAGAAUUCCAUGGCAUAGUGAUUUCUAGCCUUCUGUCAGUGGUAGACCCUUUAGAAAAUCUGCUAAAAAGUGAGUUCUCUUGCCUGAGGUCUGAUCACCAGCACAGCUUCAGAAGGAAGCUCCUGGAUGGGAAAACGGUCUGAUGAGACAUGAGGGAACCUCCAAAUCUAGACAGCCCCAAUGUCUACAUGUUGAAAGAUGCCAAUUCCAUGACACCCACCCAGACCUGCUGCUCUGCCACUAGAUUUUUCAUAAACCUAGCUUCUAACACAAUGAUCCAGCCCUUCCAAAACUGCUUGGGUUCUUUGGGUGACCUGGGGCAGCUGUAUAACCGUUCACCAUAUCCCCAGUUUGGAAUCUUUUAUAUUUGGACAGUGUAACGUCAGUGAUUCUAUACUUACAUUUUAUUUUGAUUUUUAGAAAGAUGUCAGUGCAUAUUCUUGGAGAAAUGGAAACAUAAAUCUUUCCUCAAUUAAACACAACAAACACUACAAAAUCUCCUUAUGGUCUACCUUCUGGCUUUUUAUAGAAUGGAAUAAAGAGGGAAACCUAAACAGAAAGACAGGUGCCCAGGCAAUGUGAGAGAGAAAACAGAUGCCUUCCCACCCACACAUACAGACAAAAGAUAACACGGGCACAGAUAGCCCAAGAGAAACAGACUUUCCUGGUAAGACAGCCAUCGCUUUUGGCCUUUUAGGAGUCUCUGCUUUUGAGUAGCAGCCAAAUUUCACAGUACAAGAUGGACCUAUGAGCCUCUUGCCCACCUCCUGGCAGGUUCAUUUGGGAACAUACAUGUCAGGCACACCUGUAGCCCCGGGGCCCACUCAGUAGGACUUGCACCCUGGACUCACCUAGGCACAUCCAGGCCUUGGCUGUGCCGAUUCAGUUACACAGCUUGUCCUGCCCUUGAGCGCUCGUUACCAAAGGACAGGUUCCUGGAAGGUGCACACAUGAGCCUGCUUCUGUUCACCUGAGUUCUUUCAAUCCAACAGGUGAGACCGUCCCUGCUGGACUAAUCUCUUGGAACUGGUCUAAAACAAGAUGAGUCAUCCCUGUGUGUCUCUUUUGGCUCCACCUGCUCCCCAAGACGGAGCCCCAGGAAACCAGGUCCUGGCAGUCCCUCUUGAGAUGCCGGAGGCCCAGGACUUGGUGUCAUUUGAUGUUGUACCGUGGUACCUCACAGAACAGAACUGGCUGAGUCUGAGUCUGAACCCGGAGCAGCAGGCAGUGGCAUAUUCCAGGACUGUGACCUCCAUUGGAGUUCCUGUUGUAAGUCCUGCUUUGGUAUCUCACGUGUCACAAGGACAAAUUCUGUUGGUAUCAGAUCCAUCCCUCAACACAGAUCACACUAAGCACCCUGAAAGCUCCUCUGUGACCUCCCACCAGAAGAUGGCUGAAGAAGCCCAGCUGCAAGAGAUGGCGUCCACGAGCUCCCCGAGGGCCAAUGACCCCAACGCUGAGGUCAAACAGAAUGGGGACUCUGGGGGAAGGGGAGGGAGCCCACAAAGUCUGCCCAUAGAACACCAUUUUGCAUGUAAAGAGUGUGGGGACACCUUCCGCCUUAAAGUGCUCCUUGUUCAGCACCAGAGGGUUCACAGUGAGGAGAAGGGCUGGGAGUGUGGCGAUUGCGGGAAGGUCUUCAGGGGGGUGUCAGAAUUUAAUGAGCACAGGAAGAGCCACGCAGCUGUGGCCACUCAGCCCCGGCCUGGCCCCAGUUGGGCUCUGGAAGAUUCCUUGGAAAAGAGGGAGCAAAUGGAGAGGGAGGCGAAGCCCUUUGAGUGUGAGGAGUGCGGGAAAAGGUUUAAGAAGAACGCAGGCCUUAGUCAGCACCUGAGGGUGCACAGCAGAGAGAAGCCCUUUGAUUGUGAGGAGUGUGGGCAGUCCUUCAAAGCCAACACCAACCUCUUUCGACAUCAGAAGCUCCACAGUUCGGAAAAGCCCUUUGCGUGCAAGUCGUGCAGCAGGGAUUUCCUGGACCGCCAGGAACUACUCAAGCACCAGAGGAUGCACACGGGCCACCUGCCCUUCGACUGCGACGACUGCGGCAAGUCCUUCCGUGGUGUCAACGGCCUGACAGAGCACCAGCGCAUCCACAGCGGCGCCAAACCCUACGGCUGUCCUCACUGCGGCAAGCUGUUCCGGAGGAGCUCAGAGCUCACCAAGCACCGGAGGAUCCACACGGGUGAGAAGCCCUAUGAGUGCACCCAGUGCGGCAAGGCCUUCCGCCAGAGCUCCAGCCUGCUGGAGCACACUCGCAUCCACAGCGAUGAGCGGCCUUAUGCCUGUGGCGAGUGCAGCAAGGCAUUCAGGGGGCCUUCUGACCUCAUCAAGCACCGGCGCAUCCACAGCGGACUGAAACCCUAUGAGUGCGACAAGUGUGGCAAGGCAUUCCGGAGGAGCUCAGGCCUGAGCCGCCACAGGCGGAUCCACAGUGCGGCCAGGCACUGUGAGUGCAGUGAGUGUGGUCGUGUGUUCAAGAGGCACUCAGCACUGCAGAAGCACCAGCCCUCCCAUCACCAGUAGACACUGCCCUAGGACCUGUAGCAGGGGUCCACAGAGGCCAUAGCCCAGUCAAAGGAGAUGAACAGUUUUGUAGUGCUUCUUCUAUCUAUUUUGUUGUGUGAGAGGUUGAAAUGAUUUGUACUGCCACCAGCAAUUUAUAAAUGUUCAUGUUUCCCAGUAGACCUAUUGAGGGUGACUUUUACCAUUUUAACAUAGCUUGCCUACUUUUCCUUGCAGAAAAUACCAUCAAGGUAUUUUAAUCUUCAUAUCCAGAAUGAGUAGAAAAAAUUUGCAUAUGGGGGUCUAAGUAGGGAGCUGAGGGAAAUUCAAUGGCGUCAGAAUGAUGAUGCACCUUUCUUGAAAGGAAAAUUGCCCCGAGGUUUUGGCCUACUUGAAUUUAUAAAAUUUUAGGGAUUGUAAAUAGAUCAAAUAGCAUAAUAUUUAAUUUAUUAAUUUAGUUAUACAUACAUAUUGUAAAUCACAUUAUAUGGACUAAUAUAUUAAUGUAGAGAAUUUACCAUACUUUUUCACCAUACUCCAUUUGUUUCUAACUCUUGAUAUACAUUUUUGACCUCACCAACAUGGGAACCUGUUUGAGUCAUCAGCCACCUCUAUUUGCGGUGUGGUAGCACUGUGACAAUCCCUACAUGAGGCUUUCACCACAAGUUUCCUCCAAGCCAUAAGAACAUAUUCACAUAGUGUUACAACAAUUACUUUCUGUUUUUAAAUUAGUACUGUACCUACAACAUAACCACAUAAAGUGGUGCUUUCCCAAAUGGCCUUUUAAAGGGACUUUUUUCUGGGGGGUGUUGCACUCCUAGUAAAAAUUAGUGAGCUAGAGAUAAACCUUUUUUGGUAUCUCAUUUUGCUAAGCCAAUUUAAUCCAGUGACCCCUAUAAACAUCAAAAACAAACAUCUUGUUCAACAUAAAGUGAGAGAGAAGGUCAUCUUUAGGACUUAAAGGUAAAGUGACAUCUUCUUGGAAGAUCCUCAUCUCAUCUCAUAUCGGGCAUAAAUGGUACUUCUUCAGCCUUCCAUUUGCAGCGGUGAAGUGGGGAGCAGUCACAGUCCCUACCUCCUAAGGUUCUCAAUGAGUGUGCCUUGCUUGCAAGAACAUUGCCCAGCAAGGAGGUCUGCUCAGUGAAGGUCACUUGCUGACACCCCGCAGCUCAUUAGUAUCAGAGACAAGGCUGGACCCUCAGGCCUCCUGACAACCAGUCUCAUCUUUCAUGCAAUGAUUUCAAUACUAUUUUCAUUUUCUUGCAUGCCAAUUAUCCAUUCAUCUCUUUUGACUAGUUAUCAAGUUACCUUUGGAUAUAUUGAUUUAGUACUUCUUUCUAUAUCAAUUGGGGUGUUGCUUUCCAAUUUUUAUUGCUUUGCUUUUUUUAGUACUUUGAUUACAUUUUUGUUGUAUAGGCUUUGGAUUAUUUUUACGUAUCCUUGAAUUCUUUUUUGUCUGGUAACUCAUGACUUUCAUUGCUUCAGUACUUAGAUAUGAUGAUAUUUUCUUUGAGAAUUUACUUACAAAAGAAAAGUUGAGUCCCCUGCCCACUGAGAAAGUGAACAUAUGGAGUGGGCAGGCUGGAUGGGAGUGGGCCAGAGAAGCAGGCCCAUGCUUCAUCCAAGAUGUAGACUGUGUAUAUGUCUCUGGGCAGCCCUUGACCAUACAACCUGGCCACUGAGGCACACCAGAGACAUGCUCAUCACACAUUGCUCAGAGCACUCUGUGACUGCUCAUCAGUAUAGCCCCAGCCACCAGCACCAGCACCAGGGCUCAGCUUCACCUAGGCCAACAGAAUGGUCCGAAUAUGACCUGGCAGCAGCCAGCCAUCUUUCCAGCUGUCAGGAGCCUUGAUUAUUUUGGAGUCAGUGACUGAGCAGCAGCUCCACUUAAGAAAUAUCUGAGACAUAGAAGACUCACCUGACUGGUGAUGUUAUGUGACCUCCAUCCUCCUCCCAGCAAAUGACUCUGGAAUGAAAGAGAUCAGUUUUGUGGCUUCUGCUUUGGGCAACUAGGAUGAGAAAUUUGCCCAUGUGUGUGGCAUCAUGCAACCACAUCUAAGAGGCCUGGGGAGCAACAGCCGUGUUCCUCCAGUAGCUUGUAAGCCGUGCCACAGAAUCUGAGUACCAGGUCUAGUUCAGGACUUGCAAUAGCCAUGCCCAAGAGGGGCAAUAAAACAGGAUCAGAGGGCAAGAAGCCAUUCUGACAGUUCAUGUAGCACAGAAAUCAAAACUGAUCCCCCUGCAGUUAGGCCGUUGCUGCGAGCCCCGUUCAAGAGAAACAGCAGGUGAGGAAAAGAGUCACACCAAGGUUGAGCCUGAGUUUCUGGUUGUGCCCUGACAGGUGUUGGAGGGCCAGAAAAUGUAUCCUUAUGGCAGCCUCGUGAGGGAGAUUGUGUUCUCCAAGGUGCAUAGCCUGGGAAGCAAGGUCUGACUGACAAUGAUCUCCAUAAUCUUGGCCAGGAGGGCUUCUCUAAUGCCUCCAGGCCACCACAGUGGCCAUUUGGGGCUUCUCCAGACUGUAGGCUCAGUUCUGGUGGUUUCUUGUGAAUUGGUCUGGACCUACUUCUUUUUCUGAUUACUUUUCUCAUAGUGAGCUGUUGGGACGUGUUUUGUACAGCUAUCAUUGGGUAAAGAAUGUUGACAUGUACAAGGGGGUAAAUCUGGCACCUUGAAGGAAUGCCGUUUCUUGCUCAUUCGCUCAUUAUUUGUCAAGGUUGGCAAAAGAUCUUAUUGAAGUCUAGAGUAGCACUAACUCAGAAGGUAGCAGAGUGGUCAUGGCCCAGGGCAUCUCUUCACAUCCCUUCCUGCCCUCUUAUACUCUUUUCUGUUUGGGUUCUGUAAUUUUUUCUCAAAUGCUUUUUUUAGAUUUAAAACUAAAAACCAGUGUCUUUUCUGUGACUAUUAUUGGAUCACCUUUUAAGUGAUGUUGGCAGUGAGAUCCCCUCCAAACGCAACCAGUGUGUGGCUUUAACAUGUGGCCACACACAUAGUUACAUCCUUUCCCUUGGGUAAUGUGGAUCCUCUAGGUGUGCUGUUUUGUCCCAUGCAAACGUGAGCAAGCUUCUUGCAGUGUGUGCUUGUCUAUGCAUCCGUGUAUCUACCUCAUUGCACUUUUCUUUCUAAGCACAUGUGUUCUUGAAAGGGGAUGGAGAGCAGCUAGAAUCCUGGCCCCCGAAAGAGAGGUGCCUCCAUCUCUUUAUCAUAUUAAGAAAGAAACCUUCCGUGGCUUUUGUUAGUAUUGAAUACUUGCUGAAUUUUUUUAAAAAGCAAAUGUUUACCAUUUUGCUGCUUAUGAUUAACUAUAUCAAUUAGUUGUAUCAUACCCACUCUUGGAUUUAUAACGUAUUCCCCACCAGAUCAGUGUGGGCAUCUUUCUCCCAUGAUAUUGCAUUCUCUGUGCUUGAUUUGUGUGCUUGAAGUGGCAUGACACCUGACUUGCCUGCAGUCCUGGGCUGUGGCCCUGUUGUGUGCCACGUGACUUGCCACCCCACUUUUGGGUCACAUUAAUUAAACCAACCCCAGACACCUGACCCAAAGGCAGCAACCUUAGCAGUCAGACCUAAUUGGAGAAGAUAGAUUUCUCCUUUUAGUACUGUGAAAUGCAAAAGAGGAAACUGAAGUCUCUGGUUGGUAUUGGACCAUGGAGGAAGGCACAAGGUACUUCAAAGAGUUGCCCCUGUGAGUAGAACCAUAGUGGAGAGCUACAUGUUCCUGCUCUCCUUCUCACAGCUACUUGGGUCCCACCCUAAGGGAGGCCUAGCUCUAGGUUCUUCAUUUCUGGCAGCUGCCUGCACCAGUCUAGUGUGUCCUCACCAUAGACUUCCUCCUCCUCGCCUUCAGCCAGCUUGAGUGGGUCUGUGCUUUUUGAAAUUACACGAGAGCCAAUUGGGCUGCUUCCUGGGAAGACUUGCAUUGCUGACUUUCCUCACAUUCUACCCACCCAGCAUUCCUGGCCUAAAUCCCAGUUGAUUGACAUGAACACCUGCUUAAAUGUGGGACUGUUUUCUGUUCACUAAGAUGGGUGGGGCUCUAUGCCUUUUAGUCAGUCUCUGGGAUUAACCCAUGAUUCUGUAUGAGUAUAGUUUCUUUUCUGAACAGCAUUUGGCUCAUAAGAUGAGCCUGUUCUACUCUAUUUUGGAAGUGUUUUACUAUUUCCAGCAAACAUGCUAGAUUAGGGGAUUGAUGACACCUCUAUUCCUAGUGUACUUACAUUCUGUAGUUGGCAUUAUGUUGGUUUGGAUACUUAAUUUCAAAAUAGAAAUGAUAUCUUUGAACUUGAUCCUCAAUGCUACUUGUGUAUCUCUGAGAAUAGUAGUUUGUAUUCAGUUUUUGGCAUUCUUGUUCUUCCCCAGUCUUAUUGUCUUGUCUGCUUUAUGGCACUGUCUAUAAUCAGCCUUGCACUAGAGCUAUUUGUGGACUUAGCUUCUCAUCCCCUUUUCUCAGCCUUCCCCAAACUAGUAGAUUGUGAGCUCUUAGAAGACAGGGGUGGUUCUUCAUGUCUAAUCCCCUACCAAAUCUAGCACAGUGCCUUUCAU